AUUAUAUAUACAUCUAAACACUUAUUAUGUUGCCAGUAAUUCAUUCCUUUACUUGCGAACGUAUUCAUUACUUUAUGAAUUCCUAUUAUACAGUGAAUAUACAUUCUGAUUAAAUUAGAAUUAACAAGGUAAAUCUUAUAAUAAGAAAUCAAAGUUUAAAUCAUAAACCACAAAGUAUAUUUGCCCGCUCGAUUUUGAAAACAAAGUCUAUUGGUAUACAGAACAAUAGAAGAUUCAUGCUUUUGGGAUAAUAGUAAGAAACAAAGUAAAGUUCUUUAAGGGAAAUCAUAAAGAUAUGGAAGAAAUGCGAAAAUUAAUAGCAUGUAAAAUUAUAUUUGAUGGGAUUGUAAGUUUAUACAAAUGCAAUCGUUAAAUAGGAGAGGGAGCAGAUAGUAAAGUAUUUAAAGUUGAAGACAUUGUUAAUAAAUCUUCAUGGGCAUUAAAAUGUUUAGAGAGAAAGGAUGAUUUUUAUUAGGAAAUAAGAAUGCAUUAGAACUUAGAACACAAUCAUAUAAUUCAAUUUAAAGAAUAUUUUUAGGGUGAAUAAUAUUAUUAUAUUGUAAUGGAACUUAUGGGAGGAUAAACAUUAUCAAAAUUAUUUGAGAGAAAUCUAAUUACAACACAUUAACAAUGCAAAACUAUUAUUUAAGUAAUUUAAUCUAUAAAUAUUAGGCUCUAUUGCUUGCAUUAGUCUACUUAAAAAAUGAGGGUAUUAUUCAUAGAGACAUUAAGCCAGCUAAUAUUAUGUUUUCAUAAUGUGGAAAGCUUGAUAGUUUAAAAUUAGUAGAUUUCAAUUUUGCUAUCAGAUCAUCUGAUACAAAUGUUUAACCUAUAUUAUAUGGAAUGUAUACUGCACCAGAAGCAUUAUGUGAUAAUCCUAUCUAUACAGAUAAAAUGGAUGUUUAUAGUUGUGGAGCAAUCUUAUAUAAAUUAUAUUCAGGAGAAGAUAUUCAUUCUAUCAAAUAUAUGUAAGAAUCUAAUUUGUUUUACAACAUUAUAAAGUCAGGGUCCAUUGAUUUCAAAGUAUUAGAAAAAACUAGUGUACCUAAUAAUGCCAUUUAAUUGAUUAAAGCUUUAUUAGAAAGUGAUCCUACUAAAAGAGUCACUGCUUCAGAAGCAUUACAAUUUGAUUACUUUUAAAGUGAUUCUUUAAGUCCUAUUGAAAAGAGAUCUCGUUUUUAACAAAGAUAUCAAAAUGAUAGUUUAAAAAUUGGAAUAACUGCUGAUUUUGAAAUGAAUAUUGGAUAAGAUGCUAAAUGUGCUAAUGUCAGAUAAAUCGAGAUUAAUCAUCACCCUUGA